UUGGUGAUGGAAUCUGCACAAGAAAACAGAAAUAGUAAGGGUUUGAGCACACAAAAAGUUGCCAGUUUGGGUGAAAAUGAUCAAUCAAACCCAGAAAAGUUAAGCUCAUCCUCAUCAUCUUCUUCCUUUAAAGAUCCAUUUGAAUUCGACGUAGAAACGAGUAAGUCUAUAGCAGGCACAACAAACCAUGACAAAGAUAACAGUGAAGAUGACAUUCCCGUCAGCUCUAUGCCGAGGAAUGGACAGUCUUCUGAUGGAGAAUCAGGGGCCCCAUCAUCAGCACCAUCAGCACAAGUAAUGGAGCGAACCAAUGACUGUGCUACACCUGAUGCAUACCGGAUACCGGACUAUGUUUUUGCUAGAACUAAAUCUACAGCACCAAUGGAAUGGAGUACUGCUUCCAAUGAAUCCUUGUUCAGCAUUCAUAUGGGGAAUAUGAGUUUCACCAGAGAUCAUACUUUGUGGAUGAAGUCUGGAGAGCUUGGAAUGCCUGGUGAUAUUCAGUUCCCUGAACCACCUACUGAAUUAUCAAAUAAUCCACCCCCUCCGGAGAAUAAACCAGUUGCCAUUGAUGCGGGUGAAAGAAGUCCAACAUUGAAUAAUGGAGGGUUUGGCAUAACCGAAGCAGAAGCCGCUGAAACAAUGAGGGAGGUUAUAAGGGAAAAUGAAGAAGAUUGUAGUAACGAAGGAAAAGUAAUUGCUGCUAAGGAAUCACACAAUUCUCCAAGACUCUCACACCGUUCCGAUGGGAGUGUUAGUGUUAGAUCUUUUGCAUUUCCAGUAUUGACAUCGGAUAAUUUGGAUAAAAGUGGCACACUUAGGGGAGGGGGAGGUGGAGAUAAGCAAAAGAAGGCUGCACAACAGGCUACACAGCCUCAACUGGACUCCGAAUCCCACAAAUUACAGACGCAGAGUACUAAACAAAAUGCUAAUACACAGCAGAAUAAGUGGCUAUCCUGCUUCCCUUGUUGUCCAUCUCGCUCUUGACUAGAUAUGAUGCAGCUAACCAUUGCAUUUGCAGUUUUCCAUGUGUAGUUUCUUCACUUACUGCCUCUGCAAUAGCUAAUUGUCUCCCAUGUUAGUGGACUGUAUCAACAUUCUCAAAUUUGUGAUUUGAAUUGUCUGUGAGGUUGGUCAGUCAGUC